CACUUCGCCUCACUUCCGCCAGGGAUCGGAAGUGGGAGUCUCGCAAGCAUGGCGGCUUCAAAGGUGAAGCAGGACAUGCCCCCGCCAGGGGGCUAUGGCCCUAUAGACUACAAGAGGAACCUGCCGCGCCGUGGACUGUCGGGCUACAGCAUGUUUGCAGUGGGCAUCGGGACCUUGCUGUUUGGAUACUGGCGCGUGAUGAAAUGGAAUCAAGAGCGCAGGCGCCUGCAGAUCGAGGACAUGGAGGCGCGCAUCGCCCUCAUGCCACUCUUCCAGGCGGAGAAGGACCGCAGGAUCCUGCAAAUUCUUCGGGAGAAUUUGGAGGAGGAGGCCAUUAUCAUGAAGGACGUGCCGGACUGGAAGGUGGGAGAGUCUGUGUUCCACACGACACGCUGGGUGCCACCGCUGCUCGGUGAGCUGUAUGGGGUGCGCACCAAGGAAGAGAUGCACAACGCCAACUUCGGCUUCAUUUGGUACACAUAGGGCCAGAGGCGUUCAAUAAAUAAUGGUAAAAUUAA